UGUGAAAUGAUAGCUUUAUUUUUCCUUUUAGAAUUUUAUGGUACAGACAGGAGAUCCCACUGGUACAGGAAGAGGUGGAGCAUCUGUUUACGGCCCAAUCUUUGAAGAUGAAAUCACACGGGAUUUAAAGCACACUGGUGCAGGGAUACUAUCAAUGGCUAAUAGUGGCCCUAAUACAAAUGGAAGUCAGUUCUUUGUCACUUUAGCACCAACGCAGUGGUUAGAUGGAAAACAUACAAUUUUUGGUAGAAUCAAAACAGGAAUGGAAGUUAUAAAGAGAAUAGGCUUGGUAGAGACAGAUCCAAAAGAUAGGUACUGCUAAAGAUAUAUUUCAUA